CCCCCUCUCCUCUCCUCCUCCUCUUUUUUAGAAGCAGCGAUCGGAGAUGGAUGUCUCUCUUUGCCCAGCCAAGUGUAGUUUCUGGCGGAUUUUCUUGCUGGGAAGCGUCUGGCUGGACUAUGUGGGCUCCGUGCUGGCUUGCCCUGCAAAUUGUGUCUGCAGCAAGACUGAGAUCAAUUGCCGGCGGCCGGACGAUGGGAACCUCUUCCCCCUCCUGGAAGGGCAGGAUUCAGGGAACAGCAAUGGGAACGCCAGCAUCAACAUCACGGACAUCUCAAGGAAUAUCACUUCCAUACACAUAGAGAACUGGCGCAGCCUGCACACACUCAAUGCUGUGGACAUGGAGCUCUACACUGGACUCCAAAAGCUGACCAUCAAGAAUUCAGGACUCCGGAGCAUCCAGCCCAGGGCCUUUGCCAAGAACCCCCACUUGCGCUAUAUAAACCUGUCGAGCAACCGCCUCACCACACUCUCGUGGCAGCUCUUCCAGACGCUGAGUCUUCGGGAACUGAGACUGGAGCAGAACUUCUUCAACUGCAGCUGCGACAUCCGCUGGAUGCAGCUGUGGCAGGAGCAGGGGGAGGCCAGGCUCAACAGCCAGAAUCUCUACUGCAUCAACGCCGACGGCUCCCAGCUCCCCCUCUUCCGCAUGAACAUCAGUCAGUGUGACCUUCCUGAGAUCAGCGUGAGCCAUGUCAACCUUACUGUCCGAGAGGGUGACAAUGCUGUCAUCACUUGCAACGGCUCUGGAUCGCCCUUGCCUGAUGUGGACUGGAUAGUCACAGGGCUGCAGUCCAUCAACACCCACCAGACGAAUCUGAAUUGGACCAAUGUUCAUGCCAUCAACUUGACACUGGUGAAUGUGACGAGCGAGGACAAUGGCUUCACCCUGACAUGCAUUGCAGAGAAUGUGGUGGGCAUGAGCAAUGCCAGUGUUGCCCUCACCGUCUACUACCCCCCACGCGUGGUGAGCCUGGAGGAGCCCGAGCUGCGCCUGGAGCAUUGCAUCGAGUUCGUGGUGCGCGGGAACCCGCCGCCAACGCUGCACUGGCUGCACAACGGGCAGCCGCUGCGGGAGUCCAAGAUCAUCCACGUGGAGUACUACCAGGAGGGCGAGGUCUCCGAGGGCUGCCUGCUCUUCAACAAGCCCACCCACUACAACAACGGCAACUACACCCUUAUUGCUAAAAACCCCCUGGGCACGGCCAACCAGACCAUCAAUGGACACUUCCUCAAGGAGCCCUUUCCAGAGAGCACAGAUAUCUUUGACUUUGAGUCUGAAGUAAGCCCUACACCUCCUAUCACUGUGACCCACAAACCAGAGGAAGACACCUUUGGGGUGUCCAUCGCGGUUGGACUAGCUGCGUUUGCCUGCGUCCUUUUGGUGGUUCUCUUCAUCAUGAUCAACAAGUAUGGUCGGCGGUCCAAAUUUGGAAUGAAGGGUCCUGUGGCUGUCAUCAGUGGUGAAGAGGACUCCGCCAGCCCAUUGCACCACAUCAACCAUGGCAUCACCACACCCUCAUCGCUGGACGCCGGGCCCGACACGGUUGUCAUCGGCAUGACCCGCAUUCCAGUCAUUGAGAAUCCUCAGUACUUCCGUCAGGGACAUAACUGCCACAAGCCAGACACGUAUGUGCAGCACAUCAAGCGAAGGGACAUAGUGUUGAAGCGAGAACUGGGCGAGGGAGCCUUUGGGAAGGUCUUCCUGGCUGAGUGCUACAACCUCAGCCCAACCAAGGACAAGAUGCUGGUGGCAGUGAAGGCCCUGAAGGACCCCACCCUGGCUGCCCGAAAGGAUUUCCAGAGGGAGGCCGAGCUGCUCACCAACCUGCAACAUGAACACAUUGUCAAGUUCUAUGGGGUGUGCGGUGAUGGGGACCCCCUCAUCAUGGUCUUUGAGUACAUGAAGCAUGGAGACCUGAACAAGUUCCUCAGGGCCCAUGGGCCAGAUGCCAUGAUCCUCGUGGAUGGGCAGCCACGCCAAGCCAAGGGCGAGCUGGGGCUCUCUCAGAUGCUCCACAUUGCCAGUCAGAUCGCCUCAGGCAUGGUGUACUUGGCCUCCCAGCACUUCGUGCACAGGGACCUGGCCACCAGGAACUGCCUGGUUGGAGCCAACCUGCUGGUGAAGAUUGGAGACUUUGGCAUGUCCAGAGAUGUCUACAGCACUGAUUACUACAGGGAAGGGCCAUGCCAGAAGGGCCCCUUCAGCGUGUCGUGGCAGCGGCAGAGGCUCGCAGCACCGGCAGCUUCCACAGUGGGAGGACACACUAUGCUCCCCAUCCGCUGGAUGCCCCCUGAAAGCAUCAUGUACCGGAAGUUCACUACAGAGAGUGAUGUGUGGAGCUUCGGGGUGAUCCUUUGGGAGAUCUUCACCUAUGGAAAACAGCCAUGGUUUCAGCUCUCAAACACAGAGGUCAUUGAGUGCAUUACCCAAGGUCGUGUCUUGGAGAGGCCCCGAGUGUGCCCCAAAGAGGUGUAUGACAUCAUGCUGGGGUGCUGGCAGAGGGAACCACAGCAGCGGCUGAACAUCAAGGAGAUUUACAAAAUCCUCCAUGCUUUGGGGAAGGCCACCCCAAUCUACCUGGACAUUCUCGGCUAGUGGUGGCUGGUGGUCAAGAAUUCAUACUCUGUUGCCUCCUCUCUCCCUGCCUCACAUCUCCCUUUACCACCUCACAACUCCUUUCUUCCAUCCUUGACUGAAGCAAACAUCUUCAUAUAAACUCAAGUGCCUGCUACACAUACAACACUGAAAAAAAGAAAAAAAAAUAAGAAAGAGAGAAAAAGAAAGAGGAAAGAAAGAAGAAAGAAUGAAAAAAAUCUUGUAAGGCAGUUUGGCGUAUAUAUAUAUAUUUAUAUAUCUAAUUAUCUAUCUAUAUCUACAGAGAAAUAAAUACCUUCUCUAAUACUGAGAGAAGCUGCUGAUACAGAAAACUAUAAAGACUUCAAACAACUCAGAAAAUCUUAAAUAUUAUUGACGCAAAUGAAAAUUCCCUUGACUUAAGCUGUGGACAGGGCUUCUUCAGCUCUGGCUUUUUGGAGCAGGAGACCCGGACCACGUAGAAAGACAAUCUUCACUUUGGGAUGGGAGGAGCCAGGGUGGAAUCAAUUACUGCUGCACAUGCGUGUUACUCCUGUAACUCCGUACAGGCGCAUGCGCAGACUACAACUGUGCUCAGCAAGGAAAUGACACUGGAAGACCGGGGGCCCUCAAGUUGGCCCUGCCCUUUACCUCCAUGCCCUAACCCCCUUUCCUCCACUUUGGGACAGUUUUCUGAUUUGUCCAUUCUACAAAGUAUAGUCCUAAUGCUUUUGGGAAUCAAUGAUGGCGCCUACGGGUAAACACUGAACACACACCUCCCCCACAAAACCACUCAAGAGCAGACCGCAUCCAACUUGGAUGUAAAGCAUGCUCAAGUUCCUUCCUAGAUUUGAAAGGGAUGUGUCAUUCUAUCUUAUGAACUUAAAGAACUGGACUUUCUGGACUUAACCACAGAAGAAAAAAAUAUAUACAUAUAUACAUAACAGCUGAAAUCUGAACCCUGACAAGGCACUGCCACCCAUCUUUCUAUCACUGGAAAGACUCCUUGGCCCCACAUCCGGGUUUCAGGGCCCUUGGGCAGUUUUGCAGAUUAGGAAACAAGUUCCCUGUGUUGUCUGCUAACGUAGACACAGUAGGCUGCAGGGUUCCAAUAGCCAGAGACUUAGUUGCUUACAGGCCAUUUUUAGGUGUGUCCCCAGGGUCCUCUCUGUUUCUCCUCUUGCCUUCCUAGCUCCUAAAGCCCAACUCAUGGUCCCUUCACUAAAUCCUGGGUGAACCCCACCACCAGGGGAGGAAUCCAGGCUUAGUGAGAGCCUGGGGCAGUGCUGUGUUCCAGGGAGGCCAGGCAGUGGCAUGGGCAAGAGCCAGCAGGGAAGAAUCCACUUGGCCCUGCACUGGGUCCUUGGCAUGCUCCUCACGUUUCCAGCCCCUGGAAGGAUUGAUGCAUCUGCCUUUGAGCUGUUGUGAAAAGGCAAGGACUGAGAAAUCGCUUUUGUGGGCUGGGGGUGAGGGGAGGGGCUGAAGCUUCUCUGGGAGGUGUCCAAUGAGUGGCCGAUGCCACAAGCUUGGCAUCUUAAUGAGGACUGGGCUCUAACCAGGGAAGGAAAAUGAAGCAACUGGACUGGGGCCAGCUCCCUCUGCCCCAGCACCAGGGGAAUCACUGCCUUCCAGGCUGCUGCCAAGGACUGCAACAGAGCAGAUCUCUGGGCCUCUCUGACACAUGACAACAAAAUGCCAGUAGAAGUCAACAGCCUAGCUGCACAGAGCCCUCCUGCUGGGGAGGAGGGAAUGUACCCCUCUGGGGAAAUCUGGCCUCUUCGCCUCAUCCCAAGCACAGAGCUACCUAAUGGACUGACCUUUUCCUGACUGAAGCCUCCUGGGAGCCUCUGACUUGUCCUUUUCCUUGCCCACUGAAGGGACUAUAUGCAACCUGGACACCCUGGUCAGCUGAAGGCAGCUGAAGUGUGGGCAUCCUUGGUGGGGGUGGAGGACUGAAUGAUGUGUUUGCAGCUUUGCUUCUUUUUUUUUAGACCCACAAAUGUUUUUAUUCAAAUAGAAAAGAGCUGUGCUCAGAUUGUAGCCACAGUUGGGAUUCAGGGAUCAGUAAGGCUGCUCAGCUGGACUGGGAAAAGACUCGGUAAACUGGGAGUUCAGUAUAGGUCUUCCUGCUGUGCGGUGUGUGCCUAGCUCCUGAGGACUUUGGGGAAGAGUUCUUUGGAUUGACCACCUUAAGAGAAUCUUUUGUUAUCCUAUAGCAAUUACUUCUCUGUUCUACUAAUUGCUCCACGUGAGGCCCUUGGUCAGUGCUGGGGCUGUGAAUGAUGGAUGGAACGGCACAGCUUGGUUUUGAUUGGGGUAACCAAGGGAAAGAUGUCUAGGGAGGGAAUGACCUGGGGGUGGGGGACCUAGGGGAAAGUAUCUUCUGGUGAGAAGGGAUGUUCCAAGGCUCCUCUUGCUGCUCUUUUCCCUUAUCCUUCCCCAAACAGACACAGUGUGGCUUUGGUCGUCUGGGCUGUGUGUUUCUAGAGCCUCAUAGUCACUAAUUGGUUGAGAAGAAGGGGGAGAGGAAAUAGGUUGGCUGGCAGACAAUGAGGGGUGCCCUAGAGUUUUAACUCAGUGCACUGCAUCGUGGCCAAGUGAAAGAAGCCAAUUCCUUAGAGAACAAGGAGCAUGGAAGGAUACCAAACUUGUCAGCUUGCCCUUGUCUUAGUCCACAGGCCUCCACAUUGGCACUGGGGUUAUUUGUUUGCUGUGUCCCCCAUAAAUAUCUACCGGAUGGGAGAUUACAAGAGAGAGUAUUGGAGACGGGGACUUCGGAAGACUCACUACCCUGCUGUCCUCUCUGUGUAGAGUAUACUUUACAUGUUAACCUUGACAGGUUAAAAAAAAAAAAAAGGAAGAAAAAAAUUGAGAGUAAAGGAGGCAGAGCAUAGGGCUAUGGAAACUGGGCACUCUGGGGACCUAGGGGUGUGCAGAGUGCGUUCUUUUUUUUUUCCUCCUAUACUGAGGCAAAACAAAUAAGACUCAGUUUACUGUGUCUUCAAAUUCAGGGGUACCCUGGCUAAUUUGCAACCCCCUUCUAGCUCUGAAUUCUUCAAUUCUAACAGUGUCUAAUUGCUGGGUCACUUUUUCUCAGCAUUACUCUGGAAUCCUGGGCCUCCUGGGUCUCCUGGGCCUCUUGGGCCUUGCAUAGUGGGGUGGAGUUGCUGCUAAGGGUGCUCUUGGCUUGGGCUGGGUGGAUUUCUAGAAGAGAAGCCUCUCUUUUUUUUUGCACUCCUGUCACAACAAGUGAGAGUCUGAAGUUUUUCUGAGACUCUUCUAGACUGGGGGGAAACAUUUGGUUUCCUUCCCUAUCCUAGCCUUCUACCUAGUAGAAAAGCAGUAUUGAAGGUCUAUUUAUUUAUUUAUUUAUUUUGGAAGAGCCUAAUGUGGUUAAAGGAGUCUUGAAACGACAUCCCGUCGGCCAAUAUCGCCUCUCUUGUCUACUCCAUCCUCCUCUCCCAUACCCAAAUAUACACUUUAAAAGACCAUGCCAGAUCAACUCUCUCAACUUAGCUUGAAGCCAGCUUCUUUGUAACUCUUGGUGAAUGUUCCAGGGAGCCCAGGCUGAUCACCCUGCAGUGCCAUCCUUAACCUGGUGCCCCCUGGACUGAGUGAAAGUGACUUGCUGUUGGUGGUCCACUUUGGAACAGAGUGCCAUGGCCAAGGGUCCACUCAAGAACCGAAUGCUGCUCUCUAGAUCUUGGAACUGUGAGUGGACCUUGGGGGUCACUAAGUCUCCUCAAGUCAACAGACAAAGGACUUGGUGCUUCCUCUAUCAGCAAAUCAUGCACAUGUUAUCCCUGGAAAGAGGCUGCCCACUGGAGGUAAAGGGUCCCUAGUCCUUCUGUGUUCAGGUUGAACAUUAAUGUUCUUCCCUGGUGAUACCUACUUUGCGGAAUACACUAGUGCAAGUAUUUCUGGUGCUAAACACUACGGAAACCAACACCAACAGAAGAGUCGUCAGUCAGUUUCUGGGGCCGGGUGAGACUUCACUUAGAAGAGACAGUUAGUCAGUCAUGCCAAGAGUGUACAGAAUACAGAAUCAGGAAAGACCUGGCUUUGUUCUUAGUUUCCCAGGAGACUUUGGUUAAAUCAGCUGAUUUAUCAGAUUACCAAAUUUUCCAUCUGAGACCUUUAAGAAAUCGGAAUAUAUAUUUUUAGGGUUCAUUUUAAUUUUUUUAAAAAAUGUGGUUCCAUUUGCUUUUGCUUUUUCAAGCUUGUUUGUCAGGAAUGAGAGAGAGGAAAAGAAUUAAGAGAGAAAGUGAAGGUUAUGAAGGGAGAGGAAGAAAAGUUACCAGUAGCAAAAAAUUGAUUAUAGAAGGCAAAUAGAAAAGGUUUAAUGACUGGUAGGUUUGAGGGACGUUGGCUGGGAGAGCCAGGCAUACAAGCCAUGUCCCAAUGUUUGUACUCUACCAAGGAGGCCACCUUGCACCUAGUACACCUAUUUCCACUCCACACUGGCACACCCAAAGUUGACAGAAACUUUUCUAAGAUAUGAAGAUAGUCCUGCCUACCUUUCAUUUAACCACUAGCAAUCUGAACUCUUGAGUCAAAAAACAAGAGGUUUUUAUCUUUAAAUGCUAAUUGUAAAGGAUUAAGAUGUGGGAAAGAGGGUGGGAUUGAAGUCUCAGACUCUUUACCCAAGUCCUUUUUCAUUCAGGAAUGAACUACUGGCUUCCUUGCUCUCCUUUUCUGAACCAAACAACAAUAGUAUGGUCUUCACUCUGAGAUCUAGUCAGUACAAUGAAAAAUCUUGAAAUCUCGGAUCUUUCCAGUGCUUUUCUGAGAGUCUGGAGCAUAGAAAUGUCUAUAGAUGAUUAUUGAAUAGACCUAUAUGCCAGCAAUCCAGAAAGCUGCCUUGAGAUGCCUCUGAGAUGCCUAUUGUUUGCUUUGGUUAGAAACCAACUGCUAGAAUACUCAACGGUAUUUGUCUUAGAACAAAAAAACAACACCUUUAGUCUAGGCAUUGAGUGCUGUAGUCAUUGUGGUUUAGGUUCCUUGAGUUCUGCUGCCUCUUUGAGUCCAAAUAAAUUCUUUCAGCCAAUGCUUAAUAUGUUCUAAAGGGAAAUUCCAAACUUUUGCAUCAGUAUGAAAACAUCAAGAUAGGCUUCGAAAAUCUUUCAAUUGCUUGAAAACCCCUAGAGUAUCUCCUUAAGGGACAUAUAGGCAUAUACGCAUUGUGUGCUUGUAUCUAUGUAUUGGAUUAGAAUACUUUCAAAGAAGGCCUUCCUAGAGUCAGAAAACUGAUUCUAAUUUGGGGUUCUCUUUGCAUCUUACAUUUUUUAGGAAUGAAAAAUUCAAAGAUUGACUGAUCAGAGUCAUUCAAAAAGGUUCUGUUGGGAAGUCUGUCUUCUUGUAAAGUUUGAUCAUUUUCUUGUUAAGUUUGAUCAUUUGGUGCUCCCUGAAUUAAAUUAUGUUGACAAUAA